AUGGAUUUUAGCACCGCCACCAGCACUGCAUCGAGCUCAAUUCCCCCGCUCCCUCUCUCUCUCCAGUCCACCACCGUCCCUCACCAAAUCAUGAGGCUAGCCGACGAGCGCACUCCCGCGUCAAAAUCCAUGGUGGAUCCACAACAAGCGGAGCAGAGGCAAAACGGCGAGCAGGUGGGUGGCCAGUACGUCAAGCGAUGGCGACCACCACCGCCACGGUGGAUGGCUUCUGCUGGAUUUGGCCACCAUGGCAACAUUAUCCUCUUCUACGAGUGCCUCAUGGGCAUGUUUGCCUCCAACGAGCAGAGGACGGCCAUGAGAUGA